AACGUAGAUAAUUUCUUCCUUUUGAUUGCCUUCAUUGUGUACGCAGGUAAAAGAUUAAAGUUCUGAAAGAUGUACAUUAUAAAACCUAAUACCCGACAUUUUUCUGCCUGUUUGACCGAGAUUACCUUAAAAACUACCCAACGUAAUAGUUUGAGACCCUAGGAGAGGCUUAGGAUAUUUUUUAUCCUUCGAAAAUAUAUAGCGCGACUUUUAUCCUGGAAAAUUCUUUCAAUCGGAUACAGCCACUCACGAGAAAAAGGUAGUAUGAUGCAUAGGUAGGUAAUAGUAUAUUUUAAAAUUCAUGAUCAUCUUUAACCUGCGUCAUACAACAUUCAUUAGACUUUGAUUUUAUAUCUGAUACCAAUUCGAUGGUCAGUAUAUAUCUUGUAUAAUAAUUAAUAAAUUAGCUAGCUGACGAAAUAAAUAAAUUUGGAUUUAUCAGAGCAAAACAGUGAAGUUAGUUUUGUGAUAUUUGUUUUAUAUUUAAGAGUUGAAGGUCUAAAGCGAAAUAGUUUUGUCAUACUUAACAACUAGUGGUUAUUAAUUAUCCUAAUCUAAUUUUGACCAAUAAAUUUAAUUAUCUUGUAAGCUAAGAUAACUUUGUGACCGCUUUUUAAAGCGUACCGCCCCGCGUCUCCGAAAAUGAGGCUUGAGUCUUUUGUAGAGGGACAGGCUUAUAACGGGUACGAAGCUGUGAGUAACACCUACAUUUAACAAAUAAAUAGCGCUUAAUAGAGAAAGGCAAGGUUUGUUGAUGAAGCAGCAACUAGUGUGUAAUCAGUACGUAAUCAGCGCGAUGUGGAAGUGGACGUUCGUAUGUGUCUGCGCCGCGGCGGUGUUGGCGGACGAGGGCUCGCGCGUGGUGCGACUUGCGCAGGGUCCCGUGCGAGGAUACAGGGACCCUCAGGGAGACUUGUUUGCUUUUUACAGCGUCCCGUACGCGACCGCGCCUACUGGACCACAUAAAUUCAAGCCACCGGUGCCGCCACCGAAUCACCAAGAUCCAUUAGAGGCCAUAGAUAAAGGAAUUAUAUGUCCUCAGGCUAGUUCGGAAUUCAUCGAAAUGGCAAAUAAAACCAUGAAAGAAGAUUGUCUAAUUGCAAACAUAUUUGUGCCAGAUACACAAGAGGACAACCUACCAGUUUUCGUAUAUACCCAUGGAGGCGGUUUCCAAAUAGGUUACGGUCAUUGGUUUCAAUUAAAAAAUCUUGCUCGAACAAAAAACAUUAUCGUCGUAACAUUUAACUACCGCCUCGGCGUGCAUGGUUUUCUUUGUUUGGGAACUAAAGACAUUCCCGGUAAUGCUGGUAUGAAGGAUCAAGUGGCUUUACUGCGCUGGGUGAAAGACAACAUACAAGCUUUUGGUGGAAACCCUAACGACGUAACUUUAGGCGGCGGCAGCGCUGGUGCGGCAUCAGCGGAUCUAGUAAUGCUGUCGAAAGCUUCUAAAAGUUUAUUUAAUAAAGUAAUACCAGAGAGCGGUUCUAGUUUGGCAGCUUUUGCAGUGCAACCAGAUCCUUUGGAAAAUGCCAAGAACUUUGCAAAACAGUUAAAUUUUACAAAUACCAAUGACAUUUAUGCUUUAGAAAAGUUUUAUAAGUCUGCUACCCUGGAACAGAUAACAAUAGAUGCGUUCGUUGAUAAAAAAGACUCUACAUUUGUUUUCUCACCGUGCGUUGAACGCAAUAUCGGCGAGGAAGUCUUUCUUGACGAAGACCCGCUCACAAUUUUACAAAAUGGAAACUAUGAGAAACUUCCCUUACUCAUCGGUUUCGCUAACAUGGAGGGUUUGGUACGUAUUGAGUUCUUUGAAACUUGGAAAAGUGCAAUGAAUGAAAAGUUUUCAGAUUUUUUACCAGCUGAUUUAACUUUCAAAAAUGAGAAGCAAAAGCAAGAAAUUGCAAACAUUGUCAAACAAUUUUACUUUGGUAAUAAACCUGUUAAUAAUGACAAUAUCCUAUCGUACGUGGAUUUCUUUUCGGAUGUUAUAUUCAAUGUUCCGGCUUUGCGGUCUGUUGAGUUACACCUGAAGAAUGGUCACGACAAAGUGUAUCUUUACGAGUAUUCGUUCACUGACGAGGCGGGCCCGCCGGUGCCACACACAGAGGUGCGUGGCGCUACCCACUGUGCACAAUCCAUGGCUUUAAUCGACGGAGCAAACAUAAUGCAAGUGGAUGAAAAUAAUAUGUCUAAAGAAUAUAAGAAAAUGAAAUCGGUGAUAAGAGAACUGUGGUCCAACUUUAUUACAACAGGACUCCCAGUGCCUGAAGGUUCCCCGUUACCAUCAUGGUCGGCCGUGCGCGCGAACUUGACGCCGUACAUGUCGCUGGGACGGACGCUGGAGCUGAAAGGCGCUUUGCUGCAGCAGCGCGUGCGCUUCUGGAACGACAUCUACGACAAAUACUAUCACACGCCGGUGCCGCCACCUACACCUGGUAGAUUAAGUACUGAACUUUAAGGGAAUUAUAAUAUAUAAUAUUUUGAAUACAUACCAUCUAUUAUUGUAUGCUAAAUGUAAGGAUACCGUAUAUGGCAGGCUUAUGACAGGCUAUAAUAGAUCACUGUAUUAACGUUAAAUGUGCUAUAAUCAUUAUUGUUAUGCGCCUACAUUUAAUCAUGAAAUAGAUAUUAUAAAAUUCUCGCCUAAAUAAUUAUAUUUUAUUAAUAUAAGUACCUGCUCAUGUAAUUUUUUCCUGAAUUUAUAUAUUAUACAUUUUACAAAAUCGUCGUUAACCAUAAUAAAUAUUCUAAUAACAUUUC